GGGGCCACCAUCAGGAACAUCACCAAGCAGACACAGUCCAAGAUCGACGUGCACCGGAAAGAAAACGCGGGAGCUGCAGAAAAAGCCAUCAGCAUCCACUCCACCCCCGAGGGCUGCUCCGCCGCCUGCAAGAUGAUUUUGGAGAUCAUGCAGAAGGAGGCGAAGGACACCAAGACAGCUGACGAAGUGCCUCUGAAAAUCUUGGCCCAUAACAACUUUGUGGGGCGCCUGAUCGGCAAAGAAGGGCGAAACUUGAAGAAAGUGGAGCAGGACACGGAGACAAAAAUCACCAUCUCGUCCUUGCAGGACCUGACUCUGUACAACCCCGAAAGGACCAUCACGGUGAAGGGCUCCAUCGAGAACUGCUGCAAAGCGGAGCAGGAAAUCAUGAAGAAAGUGAGGGAAGCCUACGAGAACGAUGUGGCUGCCAUGAGUUUGCAGUCUCACCUCAUCCCUGGACUUAACCUGGCUGCGGUUGGUCUCUUCCCUGCCUCCUCCAAUGCAGUACCUCCGCCACCGAGCAGCAUCUCCGGGGCUGCGCCGUACAGCUCCUUCAUGCCUCCGGAGCAGGAGACGGUGCACGUCUUCAUCCCCGCGCAGGCGGUCGGUGCCAUCAUCGGCAAGAAGGGCCAGCACAUCAAGCAGCUCUCCCGGUUCGCAAGUGCCUCUAUCAAGAUUGCCCCUCCGGAGACGCCGGACUCCAAAGUGCGCAUGGUCGUCAUCACGGGCCCUCCGGAGGCUCAGUUCAAGGCGCAAGGCAGGAUUUACGGGAAGCUGAAGGAGGAGAACUUCUUUGGACCGAAGGAAGAAGUGAAGCUGGAGACGCACAUCCGUGUCCCCGCCUCGGCCGCGGGCAGGGUCAUCGGCAAAGGGGGCAAAACCGUCAACGAGCUGCAGAACCUGACGGCAGCGGAGGUGGUGGUGCCGCGGGACCAGACCCCCGACGAGAACGAGCAGGUCAUCGUGAAGAUCAUCGGGCACUUCUACGCCAGCCAG